CUUUCAACUUUGCCUUAACUUCUUCGUUCUUCGUUGGAAAGUUCACUUGGCUUUUUUAUGACGAUGUUACCUUGGGUGUUUACGACAGUAGCCGCUGGACUCCUUGCGCUGCUGGUCUUUCAAAGAAUGUUUUACCCUCACUUCUGGGAUGAUUUGAUUUAUUACCUAAAACUUCGAAAAAUCGGACGGGUGAUGAGGUGUAGGAUGAAGCAGGGGGUCAUCACUUUCCUCGACUGCUUUGUUCAUCAGGCAAAGAAGACCCCUGACAAACCGUUCAUUAUUUACGAGGGUCAAGUUCUUACGUACCGAUGCGUGGAUAGAAGGAGCAACAGAGUGGCACAGGUAUUCAGGACAGUGGGUCGCGUGAAAAAGGGAGACAUUGUCGCGCUCCUGAUGAGCAAUGAACCCGAUUUCAUUUGCGUUUGGUUCGGACUCAGCAAGCUGGGCUGCGAGGUCGCGUUUCUGAACUUUAACAUCAAAUCCAAGUCACUUCUUCACUGUAUCCAGAGCUGCGGAGCUAAAACACUCGUCGUAGGCUCAGAUUUGCUGAAUUCUUUAGAUGAGGUGCGCAUUUCUCUACAGGACAGCGGAAUUGAUUUGUGGGUGGUGGAUGAGGGUUCCCCUCAUGAAGGGGUGACCUCAUUACUGGACAAACUGGAGACAGCGUCAGAAGAACCCCCUCCUGCUGAGGAGCCCCCUCAGACAGACAUCAUGUCCAACUUCCUGUUCAUAUUCACGUCCGGGACAACAGGGCUUCCAAAAGCUGCACGCAUCAGUCACCUGAAGGCCGUGAUGUGCCUGUGUUUUCUGCGGAUGUGUGGAGCCACAGCCGAGGACAAUGUGUACAUCGCUCUCCCGCUCUACCACAUGUCGGCCUCCCUCCUAGGAAUUGGGGGAUGCAUUGAGCUCGGAGCUACUUGCAUUUUGAAAAAGAAGUUUUCUGCCAGCCAGUUUUGGAAGGAUUGCCAGAAAUACAAUGUCACAGUGUUUCAGUACAUCGGAGAACUUUGUCGCUACCUGAUUAACCAGCCCAAGGUCGCCGAGGAGUCCACUCACCGAGUCCGCAUUGUUGCCGGCAGUGGCCUGAGGUCAGACGUGUGGCGGGAGUUCACCAGGCGCUUUGGGAAAAUCCAGAUCCGCGAGGCAUACGGCCUGACGGAGGCCAGUAUCGGCUUCGUCAACUACACCAGCGAAAUUGGGCCCAUUGGACGGGCUGGUUAUUUUAACAAGCGCAGUUUGCCGUUUGAAUUCCUGAAGUAUGACCCGGUAACAUACGAGCCAAUCAGAACAGAAACAGGACGCUGUGUAAAAGCCAGUAAAGGAGAAACAGGUAUUCUGGUGGCUCCGGUGUCAGCCAUGAAUCCCUUCCUGGGCUAUGCGGGAAACAAGAUGAUGUCCGAGAAGAAACUCCUGCGAGACGUCUUCAAGGAGGGGGACGUUUACUUCAACACGGGCGAUCUCAUGCUCCAAGACCACCGAGACUUUGUGUACUUUCGGGACCGGAUAGGGGACACCUUCAGGUGGAAAGGAGAGAACGUGGCCACCACGGAGGUGUCAGAGAUCUUAGGCAGCCUGGAUUUCCUGCAGGAAGUGAACGUGUAUGGAGUGAGCGUACCAGGUUAUGAAGGCAGGGCAGGUAUGGCAGCUAUUGUCCUGAAACCAGAUCAGUCUUUGGAGGGCAAAAAACUCUACAGCCAUUUGGUGAAGAACCUUCCAGUAUAUUCCUGGCCCUGGUUCCUUCGGAUUCAAAUGGCCUUGGAUGUUACAGAAACGUUUAAACAACAGAAAGGAAAGCUGGUCCAAGAAGGAUUCUGCCCACAGGUGGUUCAGGACCCUCUCUAUUUCCUGGACACCACAGAGAAAACCUACGUUCCCCUUACUGAAGCCCUGUACAACGACAUAAUCUCUGGCAAGAUAAGACUUUAAAACCAAGCAGAGUGGGCCGUAACACACAGAGCAAAAAGAUCAAUACUGUUAUGUAAUCCACUUUAACCUGCCAUCUCUAAGUCUGGUACAUGUGGGUGUCAGUCCAGCCAUGCGGGCUCAAACUUUUCAUUUAUAUAGUUUUAAUAUGCAUUGACAGCAUUUAAGUGUAUAGUCCACCUACUCCAACAACCUUUGAACUUAAGAAAAUGGUUGUUGUGUUGUGCCUGGUCAGUGUUUAAUCCCUGCACUGUUUUUAGACAGUGAAGUACGUGGCCAAAUGGAUUGAGAUUCUCUGGGACAAGGGUCAAAGACAGUGCACUUAAGAGGUACCAAUGAUCAGUCUCUGAGAAAAAAAAAAUCAAUACUUGAGGUUGCAAACAUGCACUAUAUUAUGUUUAUAACUAGAUAUCCAUUUGAGGUUCUCCUGGAAAAUGAGAAAACAGUUCAAAAUUAAACCCACAAAAAAGGGGGUGAGUGGGGGGCAGAACCCAAGCACAUGGCAUGCAAAUAGUAAUUGUGAUUUAUGAAUGACAGACACUAAACACUAAACACUUUCCCUGGGGUUAUCCUCUUCAGAAAACAACUGUGGGCUCUCUUAAAAACAAAAACAAAAGCAGGUACCCCAGAUCUCUUGGACAAUAUGUUGUUUUUAUUAUGAUAUUUAACUUUAUUGUCUUAUUCAUGUAUCAAAGAACAUAUAAUAAUAAUAAUAUAGAUUGUUAUACCUUGAUUUUAAGAUGCACAGUAUACAGGGUAUCAGUGU